AUGGUGAUGAUGGAACUUUUCAUGCGUAAGGUUCGAGAGAAUGCUGCAUCAGUUCUCGAGCUUUCACGCCAGUGGGACGAAUAUGAGAAUGCAAUGAAGUCGAUCGAGUUAGCUCUGGGGAAGAAGGAAGAGAGACUGAGGUUGCUUGAGGAAUUAUUACAAGAGAAAGAAAAGGAAUUUGAUGUGAAACAGUCUGUGGAAGCAAAAGUGAUGAGAUUGGUUCUUAAGAUGCAGCAUGAAGAGGCAGCUGCUCAACAUAAAGAGCUGAUGAGAGGGCUUGAAGCGAGGGAGAAGGAGCUUAGGUUGCUUGAUGAGACUAUCAAAGAGAAAUCGAACGUGCUGAAGAAGAAAGAAGAGAGCUUUCAGCUGAAAGUAGAAGCGGAAGCAAGAGAGAAUGAAGCGAAGAGACUGAAAACUGGAAGAGAGGGAGCAGAAAAUUGGUUGAAAUUGUAA